CCGACGCGGCGGACCCGGAGCUCGAUGGAGGGAGCGCGCGGGCCGUGGGCCGAGUCCGCGGCGCCUGAGGACGUGGAGGAGGAGGAGGAGGAGGUCGGGGCAGCCAUGGCCGCAGUGGUAGCGGCGGCGGGUGGUGCGGGUCCAGCCGUCCUGCAGUUAGCUGGUCUCUAUCGGGGCUUGUGCGCAGUGCGGAGCCGCGCCCCGGGCCUGGGGCUCGUGGCACCCGCCCAGCUGCGCGUGUUUCCGGUGCGCUGCGGCUCUCGCCUGCCCUCGGGGGGCGCCGACGGCAACAGUAUCGGGGACGAGCUCGAGGCGAACCCUUUCUACGACCGCUACCGCGACAAGAUCCAGCAGCUGCGCAGGUCUGACCCAGCCGCUUUUGAGUCCCGGCUGGAGAAACGCAGUGAGUUUCGGAAGCAGCCAGUGGGGCACUCCAGGCAAGGUGACUUUAUCAAAUGCGUGGAAGAGAAGACAAACGCUUCAGGGAAACAGCCUAUGAGCGGAGGAUUCACUAAGGACAAGACUCUCAGUUCAAUCUUUAACAUUGAGAUGGUGAAAGACAAAACUGGAGAUGAAAUAAAACAGAUUUGGCAGCAGUACUUUGCAGCAAAAGAUACAGUCUACGCAGUUAUUCCUGAAGAGAAGUUUGAUUUGAUCUGGACCCGGGCUCAGUCCUGUCCAACAUUUCUGUGUGCACUACCGAGAAGGGAAGGCUAUGAGUUCUUUGUAGGACAAUGGUCAGGCACUGAACUCCACUUCACUGCACUUAUAAACAUUCAGACCCGAGGGGAAGCUGCAGCCAGCCAGCUGAUUUUAUAUCACUACCCUGAACUUAAGGAAGAAAAGGGCAUAGUACUGAUGACAGCAGAAAUGGAUUCUACAUUUCUGAAUGUUGCUGAGGCACAGUGCAUUGCCAACCAAGUUCAGCUCUUCUAUGCCACUGAUCGGAAGGAGACGUACAGGGUGGUGGAGACCUUUAACUUCAGACCGAAUGAGUUCAAAUACAUGUCUGUCAUCGCUGAAUUGGAGCAAAGUGGACUUGGAGCAGAACUGAAAUGUGCCCAGAACCAGGAUAAGACUUAGAGCUGUAAGGGUUGGUUCCUUACAAAGUCUGCUCAGCCCUGGGGUAGCCUAGAGCACACCCACCCCCUGAACUCUCAGAAGUUUGACUCUAUAAUGAGCAGUCUCUAAGGAGUUGUGCUGUGUGCUUAUGCAAGAAGAAAUCAUAGAGGUGAGCCCUAAUAGUUGAUUUUCAGGAACAAAGAUACCCAAACAUUCUGAUAAUUAUAUCUCAGCAUACUUGAGGUUUCCUUUAUAAGUGGUUGAGGUCAUAAUCAGAGACAGCUUAGGAUCCCAAGGAUCCCACAGGAUGGUUGACUUGAUUUUACACAUUGUAACAUUUUGUUACAAGUGCAUUUGCAUUCUGGGCAUUGUGACAGCACAGUUCCCAAUUACACAUAGUUCCUUAUCUUUAUAAACUUGUGACAGGAUAAGCUUGAAGACCUGCUCUAUAGUUAGAUGUGGGCUUUCCAUACUCUUCCCAUGUGCCAGCUGGCUGGCCAAAAGCAUCACCCAAAUAUCCUGUUUAGACUCUAGAACAACCAGGUAUUGCAGAAAGGAGUAAGACUUCAUCUAGAUGCCCCCUGAGUUCCUUUAGUGUAGCUAGUUUGCAGUGUCAGUAGAUUUCAGGUACACUUAAACACACAGGUACAGUGCCUGCAUAUUUUUAAACCAUGAUUUGUUUAAACAUGCUCCUCUAACUCUGCCUUUUAGAAGCUGUGUAUUGUG